AUGGCGCUGAAGAAAUUACUGGUGCCAUGUACAGAGUCAGCAGCUGAAAGUGUAUCAUGCUGUUCUGGAAUGGAAAUCGAGCUGCCAGAAAACCCAGAAGAACACCCCAUGAGAAAUCCAUUUAUACUUCCUCCAAUUAUGGAUAUUUUCUCAAUAUUGGACCAGGAAAGAAAAAAGGCCAAGGAGGAACGUGAGAGGAUGAAGACCAUGAAAAUCCAUGAGAAAAUGACUCAGUCCACUAAAAUAAAAGCAAAGGAAAAAGGGCUCAGGAAAGCUCUGCAAGAGGAGGAAGAAGAGGCCAGAAAACAGGCAACAGAUGAAGAGAAAAUGAAAACUCAGCAGGGGGGUUGUUCAUGUAAGAUAGUUGGUAAAAAUGAUAAUCCAUUAGAAAAGGAGACUGCCCAUGACUACAGAAAUUUCAGAAGAGAGCUAUUUUUACUUGAGUAUGCCAAGGCAGUAAAGCAAGAGGAGAUUCAAAGGAUCGAGAACAUAGCAAAGAAGGAGGAAAGAAAACUGGAAAAGUCUGAAUGCUCCCUAAAGAAGGAUGCUGCUGUGUUUGAUGAGUUCCUGAAGGAGAACCAAAAAAAAACCGUUGAAGCCCUGACAAUUGCCAAAAAAGAAAGAGCAGCAAAGACAAAGAAAGCAACAGAGGUCCAGGCAAUCACUUCUGAAAUAGAGAACCUCCAAAGUGAUAUAUCCAGACUUAAGUAUACUCUGCAGGAGUACAAGAUGUACAGGGACUUCCUCUAUGAACUGUCUCCAAAGGAGUGGCAGGAGGAACACGGAAAAAAGCACAGAAAGAAAAAGGAUUUGAAAACAUCAUCCAAAGCUAAUGAGGAAAGUGCCUCACCUGCCAGCACGGCAGAGCAGGGCCAGGGUCCGACAUCCAGGACAAACGCUGACAGUUGCAUAGACGUGCCAAGUUCCCUGCUGCCUUCAGGAGGUUUGGAACUCAGCUGCACACGGGAGCUCAGGCCGCAGCGCCAAACCUGCCCGCGGCCUCUGCCGACGGGAAAACCAAGUUUUCUGGAGGAUGCAGAAAGUGAAACCUCCUCGGAUGAAGAUGAGGAGCCUGAGUUGUAUUUUACUGAUCCCCAACAACUGCUGUCUGCUUUCAUGGAGAAAAAGGAAGAGAUCUUGUCCUUACUCCAAAAUUUCCAGGAGGCUGAGGAAAAUUUAGGCAAGGUCCAACACAAUUUCAUCACCACACGUGAAAGCAUGGAGAAAUUAGAAGAGCUAAAACAGCAAGUAGACACCCUCAAAGCCUCUGUCGCCAAGGAAGAAAAGAGAGUAGCAGAUCUAAAGCUCAAAGUUAGUUUAUUUUCCUCGGAAGGAGAUGAAGUUGAUGACCAGGACAAAAUGCUUGCAAGCCUGAACAAGAAGGUGCUGGAAGUCUACUGGCACUGCACUGGAGAAAAUAAGACAAACCUGCAGACAACAGAAAUGCUCAUGGUGAUAGAAAAACAGCUCAAUGAUUUACUGGACAGCCUGGAGGUAAUCCCACCAGAAACGUUAAAGCAGGCUGAGAAAGCCAGAAGAAAGGAACUGAGGAAAAGGCGAAGAGAGGAGAAGCUCAGACAACAGCAGCAGCAAGAGGAGGAAAGAAAACAACGGGCCCUGGAAAGAACAAUGCGGGCCCUGGAAAUACCACCAGCAGCUAUGAACAAACAGAAGAACGUGUUUCGUCCCAAACCUGCCAGGAAGGAGAAGAAAAAGCGCAACCAAGAAUAG